UGCGCCUAGGGCGCACGAAACUUUCCCUUGGCCACUUUGGCAAGGGGUUUUCCCGACCCUACUAGAGCCACCCCAGGACCCCUUUGCCCACCUUUUCCAGGGGUCCCUGGCACCCUCAUCCUCCCUACUAUCCCUCCAUCAGGUCCCUCGGAGUCUGGGAAGAUGCGUUUGUGAGAACUGGGGCUGGAUACAAGGUCCCCCCUGUCACCUCUCCAAACUUGGUGCGUCCCAGCCAUCCUUGCCUCUCCAAAGGCUUGCCAAGCUCCUGCCACAAUGUCCCUGGUUUUCUUUUGGUGCUGCUGCUGGUUUUGGGGAGGGACUUUCGGGACCAGUUUUCUCUACCAGUUCCCGGCCUCGGCUUUGCAACACAACUACCCUGAGCAAGCUUCAACUGGGGGGUCUGGAGGAGGAAACAGCUUCUCCAACCGACGGCACUGGUGUCACUACACAGUCACCCGGACUGUCUCCUGCCAGGUUCAGAACGGCUCAGAGACGGUGAUCCAGAGGGUUUACCAAAGCUGCCGGUGGCCAGGACCAUGUGCCAACUUAGUGAGUUACAGGACUCUCAUCAGGCCCACGUACAAGAUAUCCUACCGAACGGUGACUGCCCUUGAAUGGCGAUGCUGCCCUGGCUUCACCGGAAGCAACUGCGAGGAAGAAUGUAUGAAUUGCACAAGACUUACAGAUAUGACCGAGAGGCUGAACACCCUUGAAGCAAAGAUCCUCUUCCUUGAGGCCACAGAGAGAGUCCCACCGUCGGAGAAUGACCUUCCCAUGGCAAGGACGACAGCUACGUGGUACGAUGACUUGGUGCCAGACGCCAUUCCUCUGGCCAACCCUGGGACUGUGCUGAGGAAACCUGUGGGACCUGUUGGGUUGCCCGGACCAGCAGGGAAACCAGGGCCACAAGGCCCCAAAGGUGAAAAAGGAGAAACUGGUGAGAGGGGGCUUUCUGGACCGCCAGGGUUGCUUGGACCUCCAGGACCGAGGGGGUAUCCAGGUGAAACCGGGAUCCCAGGACCUCCGGGGCCACCAGGACCACCAGCAUCUCCAAGUCUGCCUUUGACGUUCCAGCAAGGAGUCCUGUACUCACUCCAGCCCAACGCUGAGAAAGAAAAUGGUGAGCCUCAACUGGCAUCCACGGUCAUUGAUACCAUCCUGGCUGGUUUGCCAGGCCCUCGUGGGGCACCGGGACCCAUUGGACUGCCAGGUCCACCUGGAUCUUCAGGCCCCAAGGGGCCACCGGGACCUAUAGGCGCACCUGGGCUACAGGGCAUACCUGGUUCUCCUGGCUCAAAAGGAUCCAAAGGAGACCGAGGAGAAAGGGGUGAACCGGGCAAGAAAGGUGAAGAAGGAGACAAAGGCGCAGAUGGAGAAGGUGUCCAGCAGCUUCGAGAAGCCCUGAAGAUUUUGGCCGAGAGAGUGUUAAUUCUAGAGCAUAUGAUUGGCAUUCACGAUUCUUUGUCUUCCGUUGAACCAGGCUCAGGGCAAGACGUUCUCCUGGGCGCCCCGCUUCGAGCGAACAUCAAAAUCAAGCGCCACCACUUGAACCAGAUCUUCUCUUCACUCCUGGAUGACAGCGAAACCAAAGAGAAAAGCCACGGAAGGAAGUAGGACAUCCCCAGUCCAACAGCGAAGGCUGAAGAGACUUA